AUGGAAAACGGUACGACCAUCGCCGCGGUGCCGAGAGUGGCUGUGGUGGUGUUUCUGUUGAGAGGGAAAGCGGUGCUGUUGGGACGGCGGCGAUCCUCUGUGGGCGAUUCCACCUUUGCCCUCCCUGGUGGCCACCUCGAAUUUGGAGAGAGCUUUGAGGAGUGUGCGGUGAGAGAAUUGAAGGAAGAAACUGGUCUGGACAUUGACAAGAAGAGGAUGGAGUUGCUGACGGUCACAAACAAUGUGUUCUCAGAGCAGCCUAAGCCGUCUCAUUACGUGACGGUUUUCAUGCGUGGAGUUUGGGCAGAUGGCGAUGAUCAAUUGCCCCAAAAUCUUGAGCCCACCAAGUGUGACGGUUGGGAUUGGUACGAUUGGGCCAACCUCCCUGAACCCCUCUUUUGGCCUUUGGAGAAGAUGGUGAAGAGUGGCUUUAACCCUUUUCCCAAUUCACCACAAGAAGAAGAAUAA